AUGGUCUCCCUGUGGCCCUGGAAGGGCGAGGAUAACUCCCCAGCCAACUUUGAGAAAACCCUGUCAACUCUGUCCACCAAGAUCGCAGAGGCCACCACUCGUCUUGACCAGCAUCGCUCCUCUGCUCGUCGCUUCAAAGCUCUCUGGACCCUCUAUUCGACCUUUGCAUAUCUCUUCUACAGCAUUGUUCUUGCUCUAGUGCUAGGAUGGGAGAGUUGGGGUGUCAAGGAGUACGCCGCCAUUGCUGGCGGACCCGUUCUGAUUUACGUGGUUCGCACCUUUGGAUCCCGCCUCUUUGAAUACCGCAUCACCAGGAUCCAGCGCCGCUUGGAUGACUACAACAAACAACGUGACGCGACGAUCGAGAAGCUGAAAGUCGCUACAAAGUACAACUCUACCCAACAACUUUUAGAAAAGUACGGCGGCGAGUCUCCCAAACAAAUACCAUCUCCAACCACCCAUGCCGGACCCGGACCUACCGAGAAACGUAACCCAGCGACUCCCUCGCAACCCGUCGCCAGAACAGUCAACAACCCCUUGCAGGACCCCCCCGGUACCGCCCCAUCCCCACCGCCAGGCUACAACCAGGAAUCGGGCCAGCAGCAGUUGCCGCCGAAUACGCCUCCCUCCCCUUCUCCUCCUUCUCCUAUUCCCCAGCCCGACGAACCAGGUUUCGCGCCGAACGCCUUCCCCAGUUCCGGUCAAUAUAUUGAACAGCCUCACUGGUAUGACCGACUUCUCGACGUUCUCCUCGGCGAGGAUGAGAUGCAGCCGCGGAAUCGCAUGGCUAUGAUCUGCGCGUCUUGUCGGUUGGUUAAUGGUCAGGCUCCACCGGGGAUCAAGACACCGGAGGAACUCGGUCGAUGGCGAUGUGGGAGCUGCGGGGCUUGGAAUGGAGUUGAGAGUGAGACUACUAAGAUGCUCUCGAGCUUGAGGCAGCGGGCGCCUGGUCAGGGAUCUUGGGAUGCCGGACGGGUUUCUAAUGAGAACAUCCCCGGGCAAACUGAGGAGGAAGACACAGAUAUUGUGCAGAAUAGCGAGGAGGAUGCGGAUCCGGCUAAGGAGGAAUCCGAGGAGGAUGAUGUCAAGGAGGAAGAAGAAGAAGAGGAAGCGGAGGAGAAGAGCGAGCCUGAGCCUGUGAGACGAUCCAAAAGGAAGGGCGGGAAGAAGUAG